AAAAAGACGUGGGUGGCAGCACGCUUUUGGUGAAAUCGUCUUGAAUACAAAACUCUGGCCCUGUCUUUUCCCAAACCACCCACCAUGGCGAACGAUGCACCACCACCACCACCACCACCACCACCACCAAUGCCGCCAGAGCUGAAGCUUCCUAUAUGCUGCGUAUCACACUUAUUCCAAAAUGCCGCCACAAACUCACCUGACAAAAUCGCCGUCAUACACGCCUCCGGUGGCGCUAAACUAAUUUCCCAGCAAUACGACGGUCACUUGAGCUUCGACCAGCAGAUUAGACCUGUUUCUAAUCCUGAAUUAGUUGACUCCAAAACGGCACCGCCUUUAUUGUCUAAGCAGCCACCGGUUUACGGAGGCGACGAGUGCUUUACUUAUUCUGAAAUUCUCUCUGCAGUUAAUUCUCUGAGUUCUCGGCUCAGGCGCAUUCUUGAUGGUGCUGAUGACCCCCAUAUUAUCAAACCUCAAUCUGGAUACAAACUUGGUGGGCAACAGGCGAAUAGUGAUAAAAAUUCUGAAUCUAUGGGCUUUUUUAGCCUGAGUGGAGAGCAGGUUACCAAGCUGCAUGAUAAAUGUAUGCCAAGAAGAAUUGGGAUAUAUAUGGAACCUUCUGUGGAGUACAUUGUUGCAGUCCUCUCUGUUUUAAGGUGUGGAGAGUCAUUCAUGCCUCUAGACCCAUCUUGGCCCGAAGAAAGGAUACUGUCAGUUGUGUUUUCUUCAAGAGCUGAUCUUAUUAUUGGGUGUGAAAGUUUAGUUGAUGAUGGUUGUUUUCAUCAGCUCGAUAAUGUACACUGGCUUGCUUCUCGUGGCUAUUGUCCUGUUUUGUGUAUUUCUAUUAGGCAGUGCAUUCAAAGACAAAGUCAUUUAUGUAGUUUAGUAUGGCCCUGUGAAAGUGAAUCGUCCAGACUCUUUUGUUACUUGAUGUACACAUCAGGAUCAACAGGAAAGCCUAAAGGUGUAUGUGGUACUGAAGCAGGUCUACUAAAUCGGUUCCUAUGGAUGCAAGACUUAUAUCCCAUGCAUGGACAAGAUUAUCUGGUUUUCAAGACAUCCAUAAGCUUUAUUGAUCAUUUGCAAGAAUUUCUGAGUGGCAUACUAACUACUUCUACGUUAGUUGUACCUCCAUUCAAUGUGCUGAAAGAGAAUAUACUUUGCAUGGUUGACUUUUUACAGAUAUACUCUGUUAACAGGCUCGUUGCAGUUCCAUCACUAUUGAGAGCAGUCCUCCUUCCUUUGCAAGGUCCACAUUAUAUGGGACUUCGUAGUUCUUUGAAGUUGCUAGUUUUAACUGGUGAAGUUUUGCACCUGUCCCUAUGUGAGAGUUUGCUGAAGCUAUUGCCCCAUACUGCUAUCUUGAACUUAUACGGGAGUACAGAGGUUGCAGGUGAUUGUACAUACUUUGAUUGCAAGCAGUUGCCACUGAUCUUGGAAAAUGAGAUUGUGAGCAGUGUUCCGAUUGGCUUACCUCUUUCAAACUGUGAUGUGGUGCUCAUUGGGGAAAAUGCACCAAAAUAUGGAGAAAUUUACGUUCGUGGACUGUGUAAUGGUGUUGGAUACUUUGAUCAUCUUUCCAUUACUCCAUUUGGCCCUGCAAAAUUGCCACAAACUUCUUUUAUUAAUCAUACCUCCAGGGAUCCGAGACUACAGGGUUACUUCAAAACUGGUGAUCUUGCAAGACAACUUCAAAGUGGUGAUUUUAUUUUUAUCGGAAGGGAAGACCGCACCAUAAAAUUCAAUGGGCAGCGGAUUGCUUUAGAAGAGAUAGAGAACACAUUGAGGGAACAUCCGGAUAUAGUUGAUGCAGCAGUAACUUGCCUAAAAAAGCACGGAGAAAUCUCAAGUAUUGAAGCUUAUUUGGUGCCAAAGAAAAUGCAAGACUCCAAUGAAAACUUUAAAUCUUCAAUUAGGAGUUGGAUGGUCAAGAAACUUCCACAAGCACUGAUUCCUAGUCGUAUCUUCUUUAGUGAAUCAUUUCCUACUACUUCCUCGGGGAAAGUGGAUUAUAAUAUGUUGGAUGAUUCCUCAAGUUCAAGGGCACAUGGUCGGAGUUAUGUUGGAGAAAUUUGGGAUAAUGAUGACUUGAAAUUUAUACAAAAGGUUUUCAGUGAAGCUUUGAUGGUUGACAACAUCUCCAUUCAUGAUAAUUUUUUUCAUAGUGGUGGUAAUUCGGUGUCUGCAGCAUAUGUUGCUUACAACUUAGGAAUCAACAUGAAAUUACUGUAUGCUUUUCCAACCCCAUUGAAGCUUCAAAUGGCUCUUGAGAGGAAGAUAGGUUCUUCCCAUUAUGAUUCAAGAAAUGAGGAUAAUGUGAAUGUGGAUUCAGGAGUAACGGAUGAAAUAUUGCUCCCAGCGUUUUCCAAAACUGGUAGUCCUCAUGGAAUUAAGCCACGUAGAAGAAUGUUUGGAGCAGUUGACAAUUCAAAUACAGAACAUCCUACUAAAUUAUUGAAAAAAGAUUCAAGUUUGUGCAUCAUUCCAAAGGAUGGUAAUCUGAAAGACAAUGGCUUCUGGAGUUCUCAUUCAUUUAAUGCAGCAUGUUCUGUCAGCCGUUGCAACAAAAUAAUGCACUGUAAUGGUGGGCAUAAUAAUUUAUGUCACACAAUCUCCUCUCUGCAAAUUUCAAGAGAAAGAAAAGGUUCUGUGCAAAAAUUAUGGAAAGUGAAUAUGGAGUCUUGUGUUGAUGCAUCUCCACUCAUUGUAUGUAAAGGGAGUGAAGUCUACCUUUUUGUUGGAUCUCACGCUAAGAAAUUUGUUUGUGUGGAUGCCAGAAGCGGCUUUGUGUUAUGGGAGGUCAGACUUGAAGGAAGAAUAGAAAGUUCGGCUGCAGUUUUGGAUGACUUUUCACAGGUUGUAGUUGGAUGCUAUCAAGGAAACAUCUAUUUUCUGCAUCUGUCGGAUGGCAGCAUCUGUUGGAGGUUUCAAACUGGUGGUGAGGUUAAAUCUCAACCAGUGGUGGAUAAGCUGAGGCACUUGGUCUGGUGUGGAUCAUAUGACCACAAUCUGUAUGGACUUGAUUAUAAAGGCUAUUCUUGUAGUUACAAACUUUAUUGCGGGGGGAGUAUAUUUGGUGCACCUGCUCUUGAUGAGAUGCGUGAGAAGCUCUUUGUGGCAUCUACUAGUGGGAUACUGACUGCAUAUUCCUUAAAGGAUUUAUCAUGCAGUAAAUCAUGGAUCCAGGACUUAGAAGCACCUGUAUUUGGAUCUGUUUUAAUCAAUUUUAACAAUGGAAAUGUUAUUUGCUGCUUGGUUGAUGGCAAUAUUGUUUCAUUGGAUGCUGAUGGAUCCAUUCUUUGGAAGGCACUUUGUGGUGGGCCAAUAUUUGCUGGACCAUGCAUAUCUGAGACACUGCCCUCCCAGGUACUUGUAUGCUCUAGAGAUGGAAGCAUCUAUUCUUUCAAACUGGAAAAUGGAGAUUUACUUUGGCAACAAGCUCUUGGAUAUCCAAUCACUUCGUCAGCGUAUAUAGAUGAGAACUUAGAGCUAACUUCUGAUGCCUCCCAUCUGGCUGAUAGGUUAGUCUGCGUCUGCACCAGUUCUGGAAGUAUCAGUGUCCUCCGCAUCAACUUAGAUGCCGCAGGAGGAGCGAGUCAACUACCAGAGAAUGACAUGGUUCAAGAAAUUGCUAGAUUGGAGCUUGGAGGAGAUAUUUUCUCCUCCCCUGUGAUGAUUGGUGGCAAGAUAUUUGUUGGCUGCCGGGAUGAUUAUGUGUACUGUCUCGAAUUUGAAGCCGACCGCGAAGCCAAUUUGUCAGUGUAAAUGACAAUUUGGUCUUUUUUUCAAAAAAAAAAAAAAAAAAAAACGAUUUGGUCUUUUGAUUAAUUAAUCUGUCGUCCUCAUCCCACAUGCGUUUUGCCAAGAAAAGAUGGACCUAAAGCACGGCCAUAUAAUCUUUUAGGACAAAAAUUAGGUUGGCUGAGCUUAUGACAUCUUCUGCCUGAAAAAGAUUAGAUUAAGUUUUGCUAUUACAUCAAAUUAAGCUUCGUCGAAGCAGCUCUUCUUUCUUGCCCCUGAAAUUGUAUUGACAUUUUAUAGACCUGUAUUCAAUGUUGAACUAAUUUGGCCCGUC